AUGUCGGCUGCUCCUCCUCCUUCCAACCUUGCACGCCUUCCAACCCCACCACCCCCAUCUUGCCCUCCCUCGCCGAUCCCUCCUCCUCCUCCUCCUCCUCUUUUCCUCAGGUACAACGAGGACAAGGACGACAACGACGUCUUGCCCCUUCCUGUCGAGACGACUACGAGCUCGUUCUUCCAAUCUUCUCUGGAUGAUUGGGAACGCGAAGCGCGUCCUUUGGGUGAGUGGUACCCGUACUAA